AGUAUAGCUAACCCCACAAUUUAUAUAAGUUAUGGAGUCGAUCGAUGACUCGAUCCUCUAUUGAGCGGACUGACGCCUGAGAAGACCUUUGGGCGUAAUCAGUCGUGUUCAAUCGAGAACCGGGUGUUGUGGGAAAGGGAGAGGUUUAAAACUUAUACAGACGCGUUUUUCUUACAUAGAGGCAAAACAAAAAGUUACAGAAGGUAGUUACAAAAGUUAGCGCAGAUAAAAACACAAUGUGACCUGCUUUUACACAAGAAGACGAGUGUCACCUCGCCGGCGAUUUAAGCUACUUAAAAACAUGAGCCUCAGGCCACAGGACCUCAGGGUGUAAGAGGCGACCAUGGCAGCGCAAUUUAGUAUUGAUGAUGCCUUUGUAUUGGAGGGUGAUGAGGAGGGAGCUGUGUCAGACGGAGAGACGGGGGGAUGGAAGGACCGAGACGGAGGAGAGAUGACGUUUGGUCCUCUGACCUUCUCUAAAGCUCAGACUCAUCCUUCUCCCAACGCUGGUGCCGCACCUGACCACAGUAACCUGAAAUACCAGAAUUUGGAAAAUGAAGAUGCCCUGGGUGACAAUGGAAAUUCUUCAUUCAAUAACUUCUUCAAAAUCAGUGACCCUGCAACCCUGUCCUACUGCAGCUCCCAGUGGUCCUUCAGCACCUUGAGUUCUGUCACACAGCUUUCUGCUCACUGCUGCGGGUGGGUGUCCCAUCCGCUGGUGAAGAAAAACAGAAGAGUUGUGCUUGCUUCAUUCCUUCUCCUCAUUACUGGAGUUGCUCUUAUUUUCACAGGUGUUGUGAUACAACUGAAUCCAAAUGCAGGUGUUUCAAGUGCUAUUUUCUUUGUACCUGGAGUUCUUCUCUUUAUCCCUGGAGUGUACCAUGUGAUUUACAUCAGCUGCGCUGUCCGGGGAAGAAGAGGCUUCAAGUUAUUCUACUUACCUUAUUUUGAAAAAUGACUUUAUAUGAGACACUUCAUUUUCUAUACAUUUUUGUUUGUCUUUAAAUGAAUUCUAUGUUGACACUUGCAAAAUGUAUUGUUACAAAAAUGUAUUACAAUAAUUGUAUAGUUGUUUUUACUUGUCGUUGUAAUGACCACUACUAAUUGAACCACUCAGUGCCUAGACUUUGUUCCCACUAAAUGAACUUACUGUACAAGGAAGGAAGGAUUUUCGUCUCGCCUGUGUUUUCUAUGUUGUGUGAAUAAUGACUGUGAAAUUACAAUAAAUCUUUAGUAUUUUAA